UUGAAAAUAAAACUUCUAGACAGUUUCGAUCCUGAGAAACUACAAGAUCGCUGGAAGAAGCUACUGUCCAAAUUUUGGGAAAGCUUCAAUGGAAAGCUAGCAUUCAUACAUGACGAUUGUGUUAUUUUACUGCAACCCUAUGAGAAAGCAAUAACUGGCCUAUAUCUAUUGCUCGUGAAAUAAUUUCGAGGAUUACUCAAUUUCAAAGGUUUGCCGUUAUUGAAAGCAGAGACGUUUCUGCGCAUGACUUCUUUACAAUGAAAAGAAAGCACGGCACAAUGAAAAAGUGGUUAAUUGGGGAAAAAAAUGAGAAAGGUGAAGAACUAAUUUGCCUAGAGAGACAUGUGACCCAAGCAGAAUGGUGUCCUACUUUGACCAAAGACUUACGAAGCAAGAAAAAACGUCGUUAUGACUAUAUUUCUGAUUAUGAAUGUCCUUUUCCUCAUCCCAUCAAUAUGACAAAAUUAUGGAAAAAAGGCGUUUGUCAAACGCAGUGGAACGCCUUGCAGAAAGCAAAACAGCAAGGCUAUGGUAUUCCCAUUGAGAAAUUGGCGCAUUUCACGAGUGAAAACAUUUCGAAUUCGAUCAUUGAAGACGGAGGUUUUCAAGCUCAAGAGAAGAAAAUAAACAUGAAAAGAAAGCGAGAUGUGAUUGCCAACCUGUCAUGGUGGAGUCCAGUUUUCCCUGACGAUGUCCCCGAAAAGCUACAAGACCACUUAAUUAAACACUUGUCCAAGUUUGCUGAGACAGGGGUGGACCAUUUUGAUAGCAUAAGAAGUCAGUUUGCAACAUCCCAAGCGUUUCGAACAAGAAAAAAAUGCCAUAGGAAAUGUUACUUUCAAUUUCCCAUCCAAUCAAUUUUACGUCACUAUAGAAAUUACAUAGGACUGGAAAACGAUGUCCAGUUCAGCAUCCUUGGGACCUUCCUCUACGAAAAAGAAAUAAUGCACGCCGUCCUAGUAUGGAGCAAAGCAAUAGAAGGUCAUGAGCAAUUUUCCAGAUAUCCAGUAAUACCAGAGAAAGAGAGCAUCAUAACAAGAGAUGAUAAUGGUCGUUGGAUGGUAUCCACAGGCAACGACCAGAAAGAAAAUCAAACGAUUCAAAAGAUUCUCCAAAAUUGA